GAUUGUUAGGCUACAUCAGUUGCCGGCAUCACUUGUUGCUUAACUCUGUUCUGAACUGUUACAAAACGUUCAGGAUAUGCAGGCAAUUUAGUUAAACAUGAUUGCCUAUAGUUUGACAAGAUACAUGGGAUUAUGUUUGAUUAAACCACGGCCAUGCUACACUGAUGACCAGAAUCCGGUGAAGGGUUAAGAAGACGUCCACUCUCCAGCUUAUCUGACUGAAUUUUGUAGGAUCUUGAAGAGUCAUCAGGACCCUAGCUUGCACUAAAUCAUGUUCAGAAAGGAUCCCGAAAAAGCUCAUCUCGUCACGGAGAAAGGCACCAUGUACAGCAUCACUAUGGGCAGUGUGUCCACAGAUGAGAUUAUGCAGAUGGAGAAGGACAGCAACAUCAAGCAUUGUCAUGACAACAGCCAGGCUGUAGAAGAAAGGGAGCGGGAGAAGAAGCUGGCCAGGAAGAGACUCUAUGUGGUCUCUCUGGUCUGCCUGGUCUUCCUGAUCGGAGAGAUCCUGGGUGGUUACUUUGCGGGCAGUCUGGCUGUGAUGACAGAUGCUGCCCACCUGCUGGUAGACUUUGCCAGCUUCAUUAUCAGCCUGGUCUCUCUGUGGCUGUCUUCCCGACCGCCCACACGCACUCUCAGCUACGGCUGGCACCGUGCAGAGAUCCUUGGCGCUCUCCUUUCGGUGGUGACCAUCUGGCUGGUGACAGGUGUGCUGGUUUACCUGGCUGUGCAGCGUCUCAUCAGCAAUGAUUACGAGAUCGAGGGCACCAUCAUGCUCAUCACCUCAGGCUGUGCAGUUCUGGCAAAUAUUAUAAUGGCAUUCACGUUGCACCAGUCUGGACACGGGCACAGCCACGGAGGCCUCAGCAGUGGGCACGGGCACAGCCACAGCAAAAACGACAAGGGCCACGGGCACAGCCACAGCAAGAAUGACAAGGGCCACGGACACAGCCACACGGCCGGUGACAACCACUCGCUCGAAAAUGGUACCCCAUCUCACGGAAACGGGGAUGUACCACAACAUGUCGGGGUAGAUGGUCACCAGCAGGAGUCGGUGGGGUCGCGACCCCAGGCCAACGCCAGCGUGCGCGCCGCCUUCGUGCAUGUAGUGGGAGAUCUGCUCCAGAGCAUCAGCGUGUUGGUCAGCGCCAUCAUCAUCUUCUUCAAGCCGGAAUAUAAGAUAGCUGACCCUAUUUGUACCUUCCUAUUUUCCAUAUUUGUCCUGGGAACCACCAUCACUAUCAUGAGAGACAUCCUGACUGUGCUCAUGGAAGGUACCCCAGCUGGAGUGAAGUAUGUUGAGGUGAGGGGUCGGCUGCUGGCUGUCAAAGGGGUGAAAUCCCUCCACAGCCUCCAUAUCUGGGCCCUGACAAUGAACCAGGCUGUGCUCUCAGUGCACGUGGCUAUAGAUGACUUGGUGGAUCCCCAACUGGUCUUAAGGGAGAUGACCCAGACCUGCCUCUCCAACUACAAGUUCCACUCAGUCACCAUACAGCUGGAACAACAGGCCGACCAAAAGCCUGGAUGUACACUCUGUGCAGAUCCCAAAAUGUAGCCUUCUGUUUGGGGAUGAUCCCCGAUUCAAGGCCCGUAGGAUAGCCCAGGAGCCCAGGGGUAUGAGGUUAAACUACUUAACCUGGGUUUCGUUGUAGCCUGGACACAGUGCUUUCGCCAACGCUUGACUUGGGGGGACAAACAUACUGAAACUGAGUGCUGGUGUCAUUUUCUACUCCUUGAGUUCCUCCACCUUUUAUAGAAUAAUGCUGAGUUCUGGUACCAAAAUAAUAAUGGCAGCCAAAAUGUCUAUUUGCACCAUUUUUUUUAUCCACUCAUAGCACUCUUUUUGGCUGAUCUGUGACGGACAUUGGACCUAUUUUGGGGUUCGUUUGUUUAUCUCUGAAAGGGGAGGUGUUCUGUCUACAGUCAGAAAGUACCUCAUUGCCUCUCUGUAAACAAUUCCAAAGAAAAAGUUUGAGGAGAUCAAGGAUGGAAUGCCUUAACUGAUCACAGGCUUGAAGGGGUACCGUUUCUCGUUUUUAUCUUAGUAUUUACUGUAAGUACAAUGUUAAAAUGUUCACUUGGUUGACUUAAUAUUUUAGGUGUCUGUAUCAAACUGCUGGUCACUGUGUAUUGCUGUAAAACAUUUUUGAUGAAACUGCUCAAUGCAAGAUGCUAUAUUGUUUUUUUAUUGGCCCUCCGGACUGUUAACUGGAUCUUUGUCUCACUGAAGAUCAAACAAAAAACAAGUGACAGUUCAAAAUGCUUUUCGUCUAAUAUUUGACCACUUUGGGAAUAUCUAAAUGUACAUAACCUGUCAGUAAUGAUACAUUCCUAUCACCUGAUAUUUAUAUAUUUUUAUUGCAAUAGGAUAAAGUAGAAAUUCAGACAAAAUACAAUACUUAAAAUAAUAAAAUCACUGUUGUUAACUAU